CUUGAUUACCCAUUACAGUCAACCUUCAGACUCAUAAACGCAUAAAACACAAACCGCUGCUAUCAGUCUGCCAUAUUUCUCGCAGAGAACACGGACAACAUGGACGCGACACAUGAAUAAAUAGUUUGUUUUAACAAUCUGCCUGCCUGUAGAUGAGCGUGAGAUGGCAACCAGCGAGCUGUCGGCAUGGGACGGCUGGAGUACGUCACAGCUAAACAUCGUCCUUCUUGGAGGCCGAAACUGUGGAAAGAGCGCUGUGGGGAACUUGAUCCUGGGCAAAGAGGAGUUCGUCACCAAAGAGAGGACGUCAUGCUCCCGGAGGCUGGGCGUGGUGGCCGGACGGUGGCUCACGGUGGUGGACACUCCCGGCUGGUGGUGUGACUUCAGCGCUCAGGACACAUCGGAGCUGGUGAAGAGGGAGAUCAUCAGCAGCGUCUCCCUCUGCUCACCAGGCCCACACGUGUUUCUGAUCACGGUCAAGGCGAGCUCGGCCUUCUCGGAGAAGCGUCGCAGGGCCGUGGAGGAGCACGUGGCCCUGCUGGGUGACGGGGUGUGGAGUCACUGCAUGGUGGUCCUCACCUCCUCUGACAGGUCUGAACACACCGAGGAAGAGGAGCGGGGGGAGGCCCUCCGCUGGCUCACCGAGAAGUGCGGCCGGAGGUGUCACAGCGUUAUCUGGAGGGAUGAUGCUGAAGUGGGCGAGCUGCUGGAGAAGAUACGGAUUCUAGUCGCAGAAAAUGGAAACAUGGUGUUUGAGAUGCAGGAGGACAUUUUACAGGCGGUUGUAGAGGAGAAGAGACGGGUGGAGGAGAGGGCUCAGCAGAGGUUUGUGAGGAUGAAGAAACACAGAUCUCUCCUGAGAGGGAGGCUGCGGUCCAUCACCAACAUCCGCAUCGUGUUGUUGGGAGCAAAGGGUUCUGGGAAAACCUCCACCCUGAACACGAUCCUGAGCAGAGGGAGCGACCAGGGUCUGAGGAGGACAGCUCAGUGCCAGGUUGGAGACGGCGUGGUGUUUGGGAGGCAGCUGACCGUGGUGGACACACCGGGCUGGUGGAUGAACUACUUCUGCGACGAGACCCCCGUGUUCGACCGGAGGGAGAUGGUGCUGGGUUUGUCCCUCUGCCCUCCGGGGCCCCACGUCUUCCUGCUGGUGAUCCGUGUGGACAGGGCCUUCACCGACACCUACAGGAGGGCGGCGGAGGAGCACCUCCGGCUGAUCAGUGAGCACAUCUGGAGUCGCGUCAUCGUGCUGUUCAGCUUCGGCGACUGGCUGGGAGGCACGACCACCGAGCAGUGCAUCGAGAGCGAGGGGGAGCCUCUGCGGCGGCUCGUCGAAAGGUGCGGCAACAGGUACCACGUCCUGAACAACAAGACCAGAGGGGAUGGGUUUCAGGUCAGAGAGCUGAUCAUGAAGAUGGAGGAGAUGUUGUCCGGCUGCGACAACAUCCAUCAUUAUGAGAUAGAGAAGGGAGCGAUGGAGCAGCUGGAGGAGGGGAUGAGAGGAGAGGAGGAGAGGGCCGAGGAGAGGCGGGCGAAGAAGGAGAAACGAAGGCAGAUGUCGAAGUCUCAGCUGGAGAAACUGAACCCCCUUCUGGAGCUGAGAAUCGUGCUCGUCGGCGGUAGGAAAACCGGCAAGAGCUCCUGCGCGAACACCAUCCUGAGCAGAGACUGCUUCCACACAGACACACAAACCACCUCCUGCUUCGAGGGCCGAGCCAGCGUCAUGGGCAAGACGCUGGCAGUGCUGGACACACCUGGCUGCUUCUCCGUGACCUCUGACCUCCUCGCUCCGUCCUGCGCCCUCCUCCUGGUUGUCAACGUGAGCUCCUCGUUCCGAGGCGCCCACAUGGAGGCCAUGGAGAAGCAGCUGGAGGCCGGGGGAGGCCAGAUGUGGAGCAGAGCCGCGGUCCUGUUCAGCCACGGCGACUGGCUGGGCGACACGAGCAUCGAGCGGCGCAUCGAGAGCGAAGGCGAGCCGCUGCAGAGGCUGCUGGAGAAGUGCGGCAACAGAUACCACGUGCUGGAUAACAAGCGCAGAGGGGACGGAGCUCAGGUCAACGAGCUGGUCGAGCUGAUAGAGGAGACGCUGGUCGGAGAGAGGCUGGCGGCUCUUCACAGAGGCGAUCACAUGUGGAGAAGCGUUUCCUCUGCAGGCGAGCAGCAGGUAGACGCAGUGACGCUGCGUCAACGGGGAUUAGAAGAGCUCACGAGCUGCACACGUCAGCUUUCCCCUGAAUUGACUGAGUCAGCCAAUUCCCCUGCUCAGCGCUCAGAUAACGGCGGUCAGAUUGUGGCACUGCCAUCAGGAGGAACGGGAGGAUGGACGGGACUCGCCGUGCUGGACAGAGAUGCCAUCAUGUCCUGUUUGGCCUCUGCACUCUCUGGUAAACAGAGACUCAGGUGGAGUAUAAAUCUGCCCGUGACUGAUCACCUCCACCUGAGACUGAACGGUGAAAGCCAGCUGCUCUCAUCCAGACAACCCAGGACUAUUCUGGCUUUACCUCAAGCGCAGCACAGGAUGCUCGCAGAGGGAAACGUGAUCAGCGUGACCUCUCUCUGCCACCCUGCACUGAGGGAGAGGACUCUCAGGAGGCUCAGUGAGUCCGGAGGGCUGCAGGCCCUGAUCGACCAGUGGGACCACAGCAGCCUAGAGGAGCUGGAGGCCUUCAUCGACUCCUACUUUGAGAUGGUCUGGGAUCAAACCAUGGGGUCGCUGCAGUCGGCUGACCCCGACAGCACGGCGCAGGAGGCUGUGGUCGAGGAGGCUGGACAGGAGGAAGUCCUGUCGUCCAUCGACAGGAAGCUCUCAAAGCUGGAGCUCCUGGAGGACAUCAGGGGGGAUCUUGCCGAGCUGAGGAUGAGUCUGGAGCAGAGCUGGAAGGCCAUACAGGAAAUCAGGGGACAGAGCAAACAAGAUGAGGAUACAGGGUAAUCAAGACUGGGGUCAGUUAUCUCAUACGGUGAAAAAAUGGGGUUGAUGUCCAAGCCAUGGUAGAAAAACAUGUAGUUUCACAACCUGUUAUGAUAUUUCUUUUCUCCACAAGGCGGAGCUGUUGUAUAAGACUAAGUUAUUAUCUAUAAUGUGGCCACUGAUGCGUCACAUUUCUGCAGGGAUGGAAGGAGGACUCAGACCUUUUACUUGAGUAAACAUCUCAAUACCGCAGCAUAGAAAUACUCUGUUACAAGUAAAAGUCAUGCACUUGAAAAUGAAGGCGAACGCUGAGAUGUAAUAGCCUCAACAUAUACAGCAGAACAGAACAGACCAUUACAGGAUAACUGUUGCUGUUGGAUUGUAUUUAUUGAUGCGUGUACGUGUUCAUCCUUUUAUCGUUGCAGCUGGUUAAAGGUGGGGCUGAUUUUAAUUACUUACUAAUAAAUGAGUGUAGGAUGUAAAUUCACUCCAAAUGACCAAUAAAGUCUUAUCUUGAGCUGUA